AAAAUUGUUGCAAAAAUAUAUUGAGGCGAGAACGCCAUUUACAAGCCGCGUUUGUACAGCGAGUGCGCGUGUAGUAGAGCCGGAGAGAUAGAGAGAGCGUGAGUGUGUGUGUGUUUAUGAGAGCGAGAGAGCGCCGCCGCCAAAGCUGCCCAACACAUACACGAAUGUCAGACACUUCGCGGUCGGUCGGCAGAAACGGCAAUAAUUUUAUACGGGCGAAAAGUUACAAAAAAUAAUUUAACCACUUUUCCGUGUCAAAAUCCCGAUUAACUUCUAAAAACACAACAGUGCUGGCCGAGAGAAAGAGCAAUUGCGGGCGAUAAAACGUGCUAAUCCGGGGGCAUAAAACUGGAUAUGCAAAAUGCGAAGUAGCCCAAGAAUGGAUUGCCACUAAGUGCCGGUUCCGCCUGCGGAAAAAAUAAUAUUAAAGUGAAACUGCCAUCGAAAAUAUAAGUAAGGAAGGAAAAAAAAAAAACAAGAGCCAUAAAACUCUGGCAAAAAGAAAAUACAUAUAGCCAUCGUUUGAGAGGAGUUAUCAAGUGGAGUGGAGUGUUCAAGGAUAACCGGAGAGAAGGGGAGCAGCAGGACUUCCGCUCCGGGAAAUCGGUGUCCACCUCGGAACUAUCGCUAUUGUUCUAGCCGGCAACAUACCAGCCUAACAACAACAUGUAUCCCUCACCGGUGCGCCACCCCGCCGCCGGGGGACCACCUCCUCAGGGUCCAAUCAAGUUCACCAUCGCCGACACACUGGAACGGAUCAAGGAGGAGUUUAACUUCCUGCAGGGGCAGUACCACAGCAUUAAAUUGGAGUGCGAGAAGCUGUCGAACGAGAAGACGGAGAUGCAGCGCCAUUAUGUUAUGUACUACGAGAUGUCCUAUGGCCUUAACGUGGAGAUGCACAAACAAACUGAGAUCGCCAAGCGGCUGAACACACUGAUUAACCAGCUACUUCCAUUCCUUCAGGCCGACCACCAGCAGCAAGUGCUGCAGGCGGUGGAGCGGGCGAAGCAGGUUACCAUGCAGGAGCUCAACCUGAUCAUUGGGCACGAUGUUCAUUUUGAAAGCCACCAUCGCCCACGCCCGAUUUCAUGCGAUUUUAUGGUUCCAUUGCAGCAACAGAUCCACGCCCAGCAGGUGCCGGGCGGACCUCCACAGCCAAUGGGUGCACUGAAUCCAUUUGGCGCCCUGGGCGCCACCAUGGGCCUGCCACACGGACCGCAGGGUCUGCUUAACAAACCGCCCGAACACCACAGGCCGGACAUCAAGCCUACGGGCUUGGAGGGGCCAGCAGCCGCCGAGGAGCGACUGCGCAAUUCGGUUUCGCCUGCCGAUCGUGAGAAGUAUCGCACACGCUCGCCGCUGGACAUCGAGAACGACUCGAAGCGUCGAAAAGAUGAGAAACUGCAAGAGGAUGAAGGCGAGAAAAGCGAUCAAGAUUUAGUCGUAGAUGUUGCAAAUGAAAUGGAAUCCCACUCACCGCGCCCCAACGGCGAGCACGUGUCUAUGGAGGUCCGAGAUCGGGAAAGUUUGAAUGGUGAACGCCUGGAGAAGCCCAGCAGUAGUGGCAUUAAGCAGGAACGUCCGCCCUCUCGCUCCGGCUCCAGUUCUUCACGUUCCACACCCAGCCUCAAGACAAAAGAUAUGGAAAAGCCGGGCACACCGGGGGCAAAGGCACGCACACCGACACCGAACGCCGCUGCUCCGGCGCCAGGCGUUAAUCCUAAACAAAUGAUGCCGCAGGGACCACCGCCAGCCGGAUAUCCGGGGGCACCGUAUCAGCGGCCGGCCGAUCCCUACCAGCGUCCACCGUCGGAUCCAGCCUAUGGACGACCACCACCAAUGCCGUACGAUCCGCACGCGCAUGUGCGAACCAAUGGCAUUCCACAUCCCUCGGCCCUGACGGGUGGAAAGCCUGCGUACUCUUUCCAUAUGAACGGAGAGGGUAGCCUACAGCCGGUGCCGUUCCCGCCGGAUGCGCUGGUGGGCGUUGGGAUUCCCCGGCACGCCCGUCAGAUCAACACGCUGUCGCACGGAGAGGUCGUCUGCGCGGUAACCAUCUCCAAUCCCACAAAGUACGUGUACACGGGCGGCAAGGGCUGCGUCAAGGUGUGGGACAUCUCGCAGCCGGGAAACAAGAAUCCCGUCAGCCAGCUGGAUUGCCUGCAGCGCGACAACUACAUCCGCUCGGUGAAGCUGCUGCCCGACGGCCGUACGCUGAUCGUGGGUGGCGAGGCGUCCAACCUGUCCAUCUGGGACCUGGCCAGCCCGACGCCCCGCAUUAAGGCCGAACUGACCUCGGCGGCGCCCGCGUGCUACGCCCUGGCCAUCAGCCCUGACUCGAAGGUGUGCUUCUCGUGCUGCAGCGACGGCAACAUUGCCGUGUGGGACCUGCACAACGAGAUCUUGGUGCGCCAGUUCCAGGGCCACACCGACGGCGCCUCGUGCAUCGACAUAAGUCCCGACGGCUCAAGGCUGUGGACGGGCGGCCUGGACAACACGGUUCGCUCCUGGGAUCUGCGCGAGGGUCGCCAGCUCCAACAGCACGACUUCAGCUCUCAAAUAUUCUCGCUCGGCUACUGUCCCACAGGCGACUGGCUGGCUGUGGGAAUGGAGAACUCGCAUGUAGAGGUGCUACACGCAUCGAAACCGGACAAGUAUCAACUGCAUCUGCACGAGAGCUGCGUUCUGUCGCUGCGCUUUGCCGCCUGCGGCAAAUGGUUCGUUUCCACCGGCAAAGACAACCUCCUAAACGCAUGGCGAACACCAUACGGUGCCAGCAUAUUCCAGUCGAAGGAAACAUCAUCCGUACUUAGCUGCGACAUAUCAACUGACGACAAAUACAUUGUGACGGGUUCGGGCGAUAAGAAGGCUACUGUCUACGAAGUUAUUUAUUAAAUCCACAAAACCAAGCAGUUUUUUCAUUUUGUAAUAAGCUCGUAUAGUUUUUAUUACAACAAAAACAAUUAACUACAACAAACAAAAUGUUCGAAAUCAUGCAAGUAACAACAGAAAAACACCAGGCAGCAUCGGCAGUAAAAACAACAAGAAAGGCAUCAGUAGCAACGCAUCAAAAAGCGAAGCAAAAAUGAAAAUUCUAUAAUAUAUAUACAAAAAGGAAAAAACUAAAAUUUUAAGCGUACUUGUAGCUACUAAGCCUAAGCUAAGUCCAAUAAAUAAAAACAAACCAACAAGUUGAACACACAAAUUGCAAGUAAAAAAAAAAACCAAGUUGAAACAGAACCAGAGCGAAAUAAAAUGAUAAUGCAUGCGAGCAACAGAAA